GGGCCUAGAGAACAGGCGCGUGCUCCCUCUUGUGCGAUCUUGUUGAGCUCGACAUGGGGGGAUACACCCAGAUUGCCAGCAGCAGCAUCACCCUGGCGCGCGAGAACUGUGGGUUCUUACCACUCGAUCAUCGGCCUCUAUCUUCCGGUGCCAUGCAAGCCGUGGCUCCAAGCAAGCUGUAUACGACGGAAGAAGAACAGUCGAUUAAGAAGCGCCUCUGCUUAUCCACAUUCAUGAUCGAUCUAGAGCUCCAGGAUGGUGCUAUGACCUGUAAACUUUCGUUCCACGCCAAACCUCUGCAUGUGCCGGUGGGGACGAAAUACUAUCGGAAUUUUUUACGACGUCCUGAGAUCAACUACAGCUCCGUGAUCGUAUACGAAGCCCUGGAAGAAGCCGCCUAUGGCGCUCCUCGAAUGCACCAUUUUGGAAUCGAUUACUCUGGAUGAUAAGUCCUCUUGACUAUUGCUCUGUAGUUCUAUUUGUCUCGACCUUGAAUUGUGCUCCGCCUACCGCUCCUGCGCCUGCUUCAGUGCUAUUGUUGCUGCUGCUGCCCAUGCUUUUUUUUUUUUUUUUUUUUACAAAACGACUAUGUCGUUUUCGGGUGCUUGAUACUGCUCUGGAUGUCAGUGUCGCUGUCGAUGUCGCUGUCAUCGUCGUUCGUGGGCCUUGAUGCUGUUCUCAAAGCGAUCGAAUGGGGAGGCCGGUGGCCUACGACCCGGCUGCUGGGGCUUUGAUGCACUGUCUAGUGUCCAGCACAAAAGAAAAAAAGCCCUGUGAGCAAGUAGAUCGAGACUCGCAGUGUCAUGAAUGAGUCCAUAUGCAGAGGAAUAGUGCUUACCUUGCAGGCGGUUACGGUUACGGUUACGGUUCGACUUGAGUGUGGUGGUGCUGGCGCCACUCUGUCCUUCUCCUUUGCCUCUUUUGUGCUCCUUUCUGGAC